CACCUUCAAACCGCCUACAUAAAUCAUAAAUGAUACCGACAGCCACAAUGCCUAAAGAAAAAUGAAAAAUUCACAGCCUGAAAAAAGCCAUACACAAAACCGCUUUCUCAACCUCCCCGUCGAUAUUCAGCUCAACAUGAUGCGGCAUCUCUCCGACAUCUACACACUCAAAGAUCUCCUCAACGCUUUCCCAGAAUUGUAUCCGGUUUUCCAACCAUAUGCGCGCUCCAUACUAAAUUCCAUUUUCUGGCAACCUCUGCGCUAUGUGAAUGAUGACCGUGGUGUGGUGUAUAGGUGGAUGCUCAAGGAGUUGCAGUUGGAGCACCUUCUCGAGCAGCCUCCACAAAUGCCUUCUGUUCACCAGGUACCAGCCUACGGUAGAUACCGUGGUCGACUAGUUAUCUGUGAUGAUAAAGAAGUUGAUUAGCAUCGCUUAAUGACGUUGCUACCUCUAGUACUUUUCAUUGGCAAUGCCUACAAUAUUUCUGGAUUCAGCAAACAAUGAGCCAUAUAAACAUUAUCCUACUGUAUGGACCCCGUCAUAGUGGCAAAUUAUGACUUUUUGCCACUUUGAAUGGAGAUAUUACCUCCUAGCUUUGUUCAAGGCUAGAAUUGGUAUGCGAGACCGACAUUUUCUUCCUUUGAACGUAUUUCUU